UUUCAAGUUCCACCUAUAAAGACAGGAAUGAGGAAUACAAAAAACAGUUCACACAUCUGCCUGAUACAGAGAAGCUCAUAGCAGAUUAUGCUUGUGCUCUUCAGAGAGACAUUUUGCUUCAGGGACGACUAUACCUUUCAGAAAAUUGGCUGUGUUUCCAUAGCAACAUCUUCAGAUGGGAAACUACAAUUUCUAUUGCUUUAAAGAAUAUAACCUUCAUGACCAAGGAGAAAACUGCCCGACUCAUCCCAAAUGCUAUCCAGAUUGCUACAGAGGGUGAAAAGUUUUUCUUUACAUCUUUUGGUGCCAGGGAUAGAAGUUACCUCAGUAUCUUUAGAUUGUGGCAGAAUGCACUAUUAGACAAGAACUUGACCAGACAGGAGUUCUGGCAGCUGCUCCAGCAGAACUAUGGCACUGAACUGGGCUUAAAUGCUGAAGAGAUGGAAAAUCUGGCCGUAUCGGUCGAGGAUAACGUGCAACCAAGAAGUCCAGAAAGAAGCAGCUUGGAUGACUGUGGGGAAAGAGAGGAAAAAGUAUCCAAGUCAAUCAGUUUUACCCAUGAAUCAAUUAGUCGGGUUUCAGAAACAGAGUCAAUUGAUGGAAAUCUACCAAAAGUGGAGUUAGGGAAAGAGGAAGCCCAAAAUGAGAAACAGACCAAAAAGAGUCCUUCACUAACUUCAGAAAAGAGGUUAAGUGGAGUGCCUUCAAAAUCACUGGACUUGAAUAAAAACGAGUAUCUUUCUCUGGACAAAAGCAGCACUUCAGAUUCUGUUGAUGAAGAAAAUAUUCCUGAGAAAGAUCUUCGUGGAAGACUUUAUAUCAACCGUGUUUUUCACAUCAGUGCUGAGAAAAUGUUUGAAUUGCUCUUCACCAGUUCACGCUUUAUGCAGAGAUUUGCCAAUUCUAGAAAUAUAAUAGAUGUAGUGUCCACCCCUUGGAAUGUGGAACCUGGAGGUGAUCAGCUGAGAACCAUGACCUACACUAUCAUUCUUAAUAAUCCGCUCACUGGCAAGUACACCGCUGCCACUGAAAAGCAGACACUAUAUAAAGAAAGUCGGGAAGCACAAUUUUAUUUGGUAGAUUCAGAAGUGCUGACACAUGAUGUCCCCUACCACGACUACUUCUACACUCUGAACAGAUACUAUAUCAUCCCAUCUUCAAAGCAGAAAUGUCGGCUGAGAGUUUCCACAGAUUUGAAAUACAGAAAACAACCAUGGGCCAUUAUCAAAUCUGUAAUUGAGAAGAAUUCCUGGAGUUCAUUGGAAGACUAUUUCAAACAGCUUGAAUCAGAUUUGUUAAUGGAAGAAUCUAUAUUAAGUCAGUCCAUUGAAGACCCUGGAAAACUUAGUGGCCUACGAAGGAGAAGGCGUACAUUCAACCGGACAUCAGAAACAGUUCCUAAACUUUCUUCCCAGCGUUCUUCUGGAGAUGGGGGUUUAGAUGCCAAAGAGGACAUUGCAGGAAAGAAAAAAGAAAUGGAAAGCUAUAACUUCAUCCUGAUUGUGGUGAUGAGUAUUUUCUUGCUGUUGCUAGUUUUGUUGAAUGUGACACUGUUUCUGAAGUUGUCAAAGAUAGAAUAUGCUGCUCAGACCUUUUACCGUCUCCACCUCCAGGAAGAGAAAUCUUUAAACUUAGCCUCUGAUGUGGUGUCACGAGCAGAAAACAGUCAAAAGCAUAAGGAUCAGGCCCAUCGUUUGAAAGGCGUGCUCCGGGACUCCAUCGUGAUGCUUGAGGAGUUGAAGAGCUCACUCAUUAUGCUUCAGAGAACAUUUGAUCUACUAAAUAAGAACAAGACUGGCAUGGCUGUGGAGAGCUAGUGAUCUAAACGAUUGAAAUUGGAGAGAUCCUUGAAACUAACAGAAAACAUCUUGGAGAAAACCAGAGAAUGAAGGAUUCUAUUUGUAAUAGGAACAUUUCCAUAUUUUCUCAUUAUUGAACAUUCUUUUUUUUUUUAAACAUUCUUUUUAAUAACAUUUAUUUCGUAAUUAGGCUUCGAUGGCCUUAAGACUCCAUCCUUUUGCUUCUUAUACAUAAAUCUAAGCUGUGAAUUUCUCCAGUGAAGCAUGAACUAUAUUGUGGAAUUGAAUUUCUGUGAUAUGAAAAGAAAAUGACACCUUGGCCUCGUUUUUACAGUGAGGUUUGAAGUUUGAUGCUUUAUCUGUUAGCACAGAAUCAGUGUGUAUCCAGUUGGCUGCUUUCACAGUUGAGAUACAUUCUAGAUGCUAAAGACAAUCAAUAUAAGAAGAAACCUCUAAACCAUUAUGAAUUUUGAAGGAUCAGUUUUAGGCAUAUUACAUUUCUAGAUUUGCAUACUGUAAAUAUUACAAUGUCUUCAUUUAUUUAGCAUGCAAAUGUAAUAGACUUUUGACUCUGCACAUUGAUGAUAAUUAUCUGAAAGGUUCUUCAGCCAUGUUCACCUUCAUGACAGUUUUCUUUUUCAGGUAGCUAUCAGAGGUGAGAUUAUCUUGCCUCUUAAUACAUCAAAUGAAUUGAGUCAAUUUCAGAAAAGGAAAUACAUAGGAUAUCAGCACUCAAAAUGAAGAACCAUGCUCUGAGUUUUAAAUACUAGAAGAUCAGGUUAAAAUCUGGGCAUUUAGUGAUCAAAUAAAUACUUGAACUAAGCGUUACUUCAGCUUAGCAGUCUAAUUUGUGGAUUAAUUUUCAGUAGCCACCUAUAGCUUCAUUUAUUCCUUCAUGUGUGUGGCUGGUUUUACUCAUUAAAAGUUGUAAGACACAAACUUUAGUUCUUUGGGUUUUAGGCAUGUAUAUCUCAGUACAGGUGAUGUCUCUGGAAAAAGAGAAAGACAGUGCAAAAUAACUGGUGUAUAUUCGGACUGUUUUAACAACUAUUGCCUUUAAAUUUCUUUUUUUCUCCCUAGAGUCACCACAGCCACAUGAGAUUGCUAAAGUUGUUUUUGAGAUGCCUGUAGAGAAAGCAUUGACUUGAUUAGAGGGAAAAUGGGUUUCUCUGAGUGACUCCCAACUUACCUACUUUGGGGAACCAGUGUACCUACCUGGGUUUUUUUGCUUGUUUGUUUUUAAAUAAGGGUUUAUGAAGUGUCUGGCUGUGAGCAAGAGUGACUGGAUUAUAAACGUGAAACCUUGUUCUCUUAAAUUCACAAAAAUGAUCAAUGUACUUCAUUACAUACCUCAAAGAAAAUGACCAAAGUUGCUUGAUAAAUUACGACUAAAUAUUUAUGUAUGCCGAAUUCAGCCUAUUG